AUGUCAAGGUCAGUUCGCCCAAAGCGUGCUGGGGAGGACUACUCUCGAACCCACCAUGCUGUGGCGGAUGAGGUCGACGGUCCCUCCUCCAAAAAGGCGCGCUUCGAUCUGCGCAAUCCGUCAGCCUUAGCCCCAGAUGAACUCGAAGAUGAUGCAGUACUAGAUGCCGAUGAGAUUGGUCGACGAGGGCAAGGUGUACGGCGCAACGCAGUCAAUUUGGACGGCUAUCAAUCAGACAGUGAUAACGAGGGCUAUGACAUUCGAGCCGAGGCAAGAGCGAAGGCCAAACGCCAAAAAGAGGACGAGAAGGAGGAGGAUGAAGACAUGUUCGCCGAUUUGAAAGAUGAUUUUGACGAAGACAGAGACGCCAAAGCAACCCCCCUUGACGAAGACGAGGCUUACAGGAUGAAUAAGAAAAAUGUGCGUUUCAUGGAGGAUGAAGAUAUUGUGGGUCAAGUAAAUAGGUCUCGCGGAGGUCGUGCUGUUCACGUCGACCUCACAGAUCGCAACGUUGGAAGAGCAGAGGAGGUAGAGAGUGAAAGCGAAAGCGAAGUGGAUGACGAGGAACGCGCUCGGGUAGAUACCGAAGUAGACGAAGAAAUUGGAGCUGGGGGCAAAAAGACCCAUGCGCCUCUGAUUGAUGCCUUCAAUAUGCGAACGGAGCAAGAAGAGGGCCGUUUCGACGAGCAAGGGAAUUAUAUCCGAAAAGCCAUUGAUCCAGACGCGGUUCAUGAUACAUGGCUAGAUGGUGUUUCCAAGACGGAUAUUCGUCGCGCAAAAGAAGCAGCUGAUAAAAGAGAGAACGAAAGACGUGAAAAGGACAAGGAAAAUGAUGGUGUUCUUACGGGAGAUUUACUCGGGAUACUUAUCAGUCACCUACAGCGUGGAGAAACGAUACUUGAAGCUCUUGCAAGGCUAGGGAAAGGAUUGCGCAAGAAGCCUAAAUGGCAAUCAAAGCAGAAGAACAAGCACAAAAAGACUAAAAAUGGAACAGAAACAAAGUUGGCUGAAGAUAUUGAAAUGACAGAAGAGAACCCAGAAGAGGUGUCUCGGAAGCAAGCCAUUGAAAAAGUCACAGGCGCAGCAGAUCUUCUCUUGACAAGAGGUCAAAUAGACAUCUAUGACCAAGAAAAGGAAGCAUUAACUCGCCAAUUCCGCCGUGAGACUGGAGAAGAUUGGGUCGAUUCUUCUGAAUCCAGCGCAAUUCAGGGCACGGAAGAAACUUCAAAUGUACCCAAAAUGUGGGAAUACCGCUGGUCGGAUGCUCGAGAUGGCGGUGAAACCCACGGGCCCUACGAUAGUGCCUUGAUGCAGUCCUGGAGUGAUGCUGGAUAUUUCGGAGAGGGAGUGGAGUUUCGUAAAGUUGGGGAUUCACAGGACAACUGGGCUCGUGUGACUUCCUUUUCAUGA